GCCGCCGAGGUCUCGCUUUCCCGGCGACCUUGGCCAAGCCGCAGCCCUCGCCGGCCGCGGUUCCCGUCUGAGGAGUGGGCCGGGGUGGCAGGGUGCGGUGUGCGCCUAGGUGCCCUCUGCUUCCAGACACCGAAGCACUGAGGCGCGGGAGCAGGGACCGACCGCGAUCAGGGACGCUCGGCUGGAGGGCAGGCGGCAGGUUACGCUGAUCUCCGCCACCCCUGCAGACGCGCUUUCCUUGGAGCCGCGCCCUGGACCCCUGCGCCGCCGCUGGGGUGGAGCAGACGCCCUUAGCGCGGGAGUCCGACCUCGGCCUCCGCCCCCUCAGCCAGGCGCUCGGGGCAAAUCCUCAGGGAGGGGCCAGGAAGAGAGGCCCUCUUCAGUCCCCCAGGAGCAGCUGCUGCCGGUGCCCUGUUGAAACUUCAUGGCCACAGCCCCAGGCGCUGCUGGCAUUGCCAUGGGCAGCGUGGGCAGCCUGUUGGAACGGCAGGAUUUCUCCCCCGAAGAGCUCCGGGCGGCACUCGCAGGGUCCCGCGGCUCCCGCCAGCCUGAUGGGCUCCUUCGGAAAGGCUUGGGCCAGCGUGAGCUCCUCAGCUACCUGCAUCUCCCCAAGAAGGACAGCAAGACUACCAAGCGGGCCUCUCGGAACGAGCCUGCCGACUAUGCCACCCUCUACUACCGGGAACAUCCUCGAGCUGGUGACUUCAGCAAGACUUCACUGCCUGAGCGCGGUCGCUUCGAUAAGUGCCGCAUUCGCCCAUCAGUGUUCAAGCCUGUGGCAGGCAGCGGGAAAGGCUUCCUGUCCAUGCAGAGCCUGGCAGCCCACAAGGGCCAGAAGCUGUGGCGCAGCAAUGGCAGCCUGCACACACUGGCCUGCCACCCGCCCCUGAGCCCGGGGCCCAGGACCAGCCAGGCGCAGGCUCGUGCCCAGCUGCUGCAUGCCCUCAGCCUGGACGAGGGCGGCCCUGAGCCUGAGCCCAGCCUGUCCGACUCCUCCAGUGGGGGCAGCUUUGGCCGCAGUCCUGGCGCUGGCCCCGGCCCCUUCAGCUCCUCCCUGGGCCACAUUAACCACCUCGGGGGCUCCCUGGACCGGGCCUCGCGGGGCCCCAAGGAGGCUGGGCCGCUGGCUAUGCUGAGCUGCCUGCCAGAGCCACCGCCCCCGUAUGAGUUCUCCUGCCCCACGGCCGAGGAGGUAGUAGCUGUGCUGCCGGAUGCCUGUGAGGACCUCAAGAGGGGCCUCGGUGAUGAGGAUGGCUCCAACCCCUUCACGCAGGUACUGGAGGAGCGCCAGCGGCUAUGGCUGUCUGAGCUGAAGCGCCUGUACGUGGAACGGCUACACGAGGUGGCCCAGAAGGCCGAGCGCAGUGAGCGCAACCUCCAGCUACAGCUGUUUAUGGCCCAGCAGGAGCAGCGGCGCCUGCGGAAGGAGCUACAGGCACAGCAGGGCCUGGCCUCUGAGCCCCGACCCCCAGGCACCCUCCCGGAGGCCGACCCCAGCGCCCGACCAGAGGAAGAAGCCCGAUGGGAGGUGUGCCAGAAGACAGCGGAGAUUAGCCUCCUGAAGCAGCAGCUACGGGAGGCCCAGGCAGAGCUGGCGCAGAAGCUGGCUGAGAUCUUCAGCCUGAAGACGCAGCUUCGGGGCAGCCGGGCACAAGCCCAGGCCCAGGACGCAGAGCUGGCCCGGCUCCGGGAGACCGUGCGGAGCCUGCAGGAGCAGGCCCCCCGGGAGGAAGCCCCAGGCAGCUGUGAGACUGAUGACUGCAAGAGCAGGGGGCUGCUGGGGGAGGCAGGAGGCAGCGAGGCCAGAGAUGGCGCUGAGCAGCUGCGGGCUGAGCUGCUGCAAGAGCGGCUCCGGGGUGAGGAGCAGGCGCUACGCUUUGAGCGGGAGCGGCGGACGUGGCAGGAGGAGAAGGAGAGGGUACUGCGCUACCAGCGGGAGAUCCAGGGGGGCUACCUGGACAUGUACCGCCGCAACCAGGCGCUUGAACAGGAACUGCGGGCGCUGCGGGAGCCCCCCACACCCUGGAGUCCUCGGCUUGAGUCCUCCAAGAUCUGAGGCCAGUGGAGCGAGCUGGCAGCAGAAGCACUGUCAGAAGACGGCUUGGACAAGCUCUCCCUGAGCUGGCCGGCUCCUUCCUUACAUUGGUCUGGGGCAGAAUCUGCUGAGGCCAGCCAGGGCUGGGGAGGCCCACCGAGAGGAGGGAUCCAGUGGAGCUGUGGGCUGGAGAGGGUGCCAGCAGCAGGAGAUGGGGCAAGCCCUCCUGGCAGAGGAGCACCCAGGCAGGGCCCAGCCCUGCUCCCUGGAGUAGGUGUGGCCCAGGGAAGGAGGUUGGGGAAUGAAGAGCCCCAUGAUGCAGAAGGGCAGGCAUGAAGGAGGCUGGGAUGGGAGCAUUGGCCUCCUCAGAAUAAAACCAUGUUUUCUAUGAG